AUGAGGACGCAAACACCGACCGGUCAGUUAGCCGAAUGGGCUUACCGUAACCCCAACGGACUGCAGCCAUUCGUGGCCUUCACCGACGACUAUGCAACACCUGGACGUCUGCACUACAACGUUCCACCACCUCAUGUGGAAGCAAAGAGAUCCUCCCUUCCCAUUACCACCGCUUCUCGUUCCAUGCAGUGGCGGGGCUACAAUGGAUCAAAACCGUUCUUCACACAGCAGCCACCACCAGGUGCUGCAUCCUUCCUUCUCAACGGUGGCUACGCACCUCACCGCACCACCACUGACUCUGUCAUCAGCAGGCAGACUGAUCCUCACCAAACCACUCUGCUCUGCAACAGCAUGAGCUUUCCCGUCACACCGAACACUUUCAGAAUGCGAAAUGUGACCACUACAGAAAUCCACCCCAGUCAGAUGAAACUCCCAGAUUCACGAGUGUGGCGAUUCGAUGGUCGCAGCCAUGACUUCCCGAAGACGCCCUGUUGA